AUGGCCACACCACACCUGGACGCCCUCAAGCGCGACGGCUUCGUCGUCGUCCCUAAUCUCCUAACCCCUACCGAAAUCGCCCACUACCGCACCAUUGCCACAGAGGCAACAACCAAAACCCGCACCGGCGGCUGGCCUCACUUCCGCACCGUCCCUAAACAAUUCCCUCCUUGGCCCACAACACCGCCCCCAGCCUCCGAGGGCGGGAUCUGGGGCGUGCAGCACCUGCUGCACCCCUCAAUGCCAGGCCGCGAAUCGUUCGCACGCUGCUACUUCUCCGAAUCGAUCCUCGCCGUCGUCGAAGAACUCCUCGGCGUCGCGCCGGGCACUGGCGCCGACGAACCCCUCGUAAUGGAACUGUUCAACCUGCUCGUCGCGCCCGAGACGAAAGAUUUCGAGCUCCGCUGGCACCGUGAUGACAUCUCGGAGAAUGCAACCGCGGAAGAGGAACUGCAGCAGCUCGAAGCGAAGUCACCUGGUGGACGCCAGAGUCACGCGCAGUAUAAUCUGGCGCUGUGCCCCGAUGCAUCGCUGAUUGUUAUCCCUGGAUCUCAUCGGCGCGCGCGGACUGAUAUUGAGCGCAAUGCGGCGCCGUAUGAGUCGUAUUUGCCGAAUCAGUUGGUUGUGCAGCUGCAGCCGGGUGAUGCGGUGUUUUAUGAUAGCAAUAUUCUGCACCGGGGUGUCUACAAGGGCAAGGCUGAGGGUGGGGAGGAGAGUAGGCUGACUCUUCACGGGAGCAUCGGGUUGAAGGCGGAUGAUGCGACGGAUGCGGAGAAGAAGAAGGUCCGGGCUACGGCUGUGCUGCAGCAUGGUGUUGGAGCUUGGGUGCAGAGUGACGAGGCUGCGUUUGGUAUUGGGGAGAGGCCGGAAAAGAUGAGGGCUAAUCUGGUGGCUAUGGGCACUGGGGAAGGGGUCGGGUUCUCGUUGCAGGGUUAA